AUGUCGGUCAAGUUCAGAAUCUUUCUGAAGCCUGAUGACACCAGGAAGCUUAUUCUGCCAGAUGGAAUACCAAAAUCGAUGGAGAAACUCAUGGAUGAAGUCAGAAACACAAGAUUCCUUGCUUGUUUGGACAGGCACCACAGCAAGCUGAUAGAGCUCAUUAGAAGGAAGGGAGGAGUUAACAGAGAGAAGACCCAGAGGCUUCUUCAAGCUCUCGAUCGGAGCCUUGAUGCCAAUAUAAAGCGAGAGUGUCUGCUGAAAUGUCUCACUAUUUACCUUGGAGAAGACCUAGACCAACUCUUCAAGGAAUAUCUGGUUGUCCAAUGGGAAGAAGCGGAGAUGGAACUUUCUCGUGCAUCAAUGGCAGUGUUCAUCAUCAGGGAAGAGGAUGAUUCUCUUCAACCACAUGAGAUUGGUGUUGUCAUAGACGGUGUUAAAGUCCUGAACAUGUUGCCAUCAGUCGCACAUGCAGGUGCCAUGCUGUUUGGUCUAAUGUAUGUGCUGAACCUAAGCUAUCCAGUGUGGAGGACUGGACUGACUGUCUCCUACUGGGGUGAGGAGGACUGGACUGACAGCGCCUCCUGCUGGGGUGUGGAGGACUGGACUGACUGUGUCUCCUACUGGGGUGUGGAGGACUGGACUGACUGUGUCUCCUACUGGGGUGUGGAGGACUGGACUGACUGUGUCUCCUACUGGGGUGUGGAGGACUGGACUGACUGUGUCUCCUACUGGGGUGUGGAGGACUGGACUGACUGUGUCUCCUACUGGGGUGUGGAGGACUGGACUGACUGUGUCUCCUACUGGGGUGUGGAGGACUGGACUGACUGUGUCUCCUACUGGGGUGUGGAGGACUGGACUGACUGUGUCUCCUACUGGGGUGUGGAGGACUGGGCUGAAAGCGCCUCCUGCUGGGGUGUGGAGGACUGGGCUGAAAGCGCCUCCUGCUGGGGUGUGGAGGACUGGGCUGAAAGCGCCUCCUGCUGGGGUGUGGAGGACUGGGCUGAAAGCGCCUCCUGCUGGGGUGUGGAGGACUGGGCUGAAAGCGCCUCCUGCUGGGGUGUGGAGGACUGGGCUGAAAGCGCCUCCUGCUGGGGUGUGGAGGACUGGGCUGAAAGCGCCUCCUGCUGGGGUAUAAUGUACUGGGCUGACUGCGCCUCCUGCUGGGGUGUUUGA